ACUGAACAUUUUACGAUCAAGAUUGAAAAAAAUAUAUAAAUGAUAGUAAUUUUCUUGUAGAAUUUGACUACUCUUCUUUACUGUAGCUAGCGGCUGCUCGUGACAAGAAAAAUAGGCAGACUAGACUGAAAUCUUGAAUGGAAGAAACAUGUAUCAUCCUGCAUUUAGACCAUUUUCUCUGACCCGCUUCCAACGAAGGUUCCACAGGGUUGUCUUCAAGCCCAGGAUCAGCUGUUCCCAUCACCUUGAUGUAUCGUUACCAUAUUGUAAUACGAGUAGUCAAUCUCUGCACAUCCAUGUUCAUUCAUCAUUGUCAUCUCUGAACUCUCAAAGAAAUGUAUCAAGAAACAAUGAACUAGCACCCGGGAGAAAGACAAAUCAGCCGUUCAAUCAGCAUCUAAAUCAUUUACGAGCGGUUCAUUUUUCUUCCCACUCAUCUUCACCGGGAUCGUCAGCAACGUUUCUGCGACCUUCGGGUGUUGCUUCAACAAGGCAGCAUGUUCGUCACGCUUCAACAGAGCCCACAACUGCCUAUGAGGCACUGCUGAACUCCCAACCCGUCCAUUUUGCAGAGGGUGUCUUCCAGUACGUCCACUCAUUAACUGGUUUACCUUGGUGGGCCACUAUCGUCGUCACGACGUUCGCGCUGCGCUUUUCCUUGACCCUUCCUCUCGCGAUCUACUCCCAGAACAUCCGCGUAAGGGUUGAGAACCUGCAGCCAGAGGUGAUUGCUCUGGCAAAGAGGGCUUUUGUGGAGAGACUUUCAGCCAGGGCGAAGAACGAGAAGUGGUCUGAGAAGAGGGCUCAACGUGCCUUUGUAGGACUAGUUAGACGAUACUCCAAAGAGCUCUAUGUCAGGGACAACUGUCACCCUGCUAAAGGUUCCAUACUGUUCUUGGUCCAGCUUCCCAUGUGGAUCUUCCUCUCCCUGGCUAUACGCAACAUGACAGGAGCCUUGUCAGAAAGGAUGUAUGUUGACCCAGCAAGCAUAGUGCCUGACCUAGCAACAGGAGGGGUUCUUUGGUUCCCUAGCCUCGUCGCACCAGACCCGACCUUUAUCUUGCCAGUCCUCGUGGGUUUACUCAAUCUUAGUAACAUCGAGAUGCAUGCCCUGCAUAGGGGCAGAGUGACGAGAGUUCAGCGAUAUGUGAACAACACCCUCAGGACUGUUUCCGUGGCGAUGAUCCCCAUUGCUGCCUACAUGCCUUCUGCAAUGGCCCUCUAUUGGUCAAUAUCGGCAUUCUACGGCCUGGGCCAGAACAUCCUCCUGAAGAUUCCAUCGGCCAGGCGCGCUCUGGGGAUGCGCUCUUCGCAGAGUGACACCGACACUCCCUUCAAGGACUUGAGAGAUGAGUUCCUGGUGAGAUACCUAUCAAAGGAAGGAGGGAAGGGCAAAAAGGAUGAGCUGUUGGAAGAAAUACAGGACGGAGAGAAAGCGAAAUCAAAGAAGACAAAGUUAUGACAAAGUUGUCAUGGUGAACGUGACCAGGUAUGGUGGCUCAGUGGUAGAGCGCCCGUCUCAUGAAUGGGAAGUCGUGGGUUUGAUCUUUGACCGAGUCAUACCAAAGACCUCAAAAAGGGGACCUUCUCCACUCCCUUGGAAGCAUUCCAACAAGAGUUCCAAGACUCAAUUGCGAGGCAUACUACAUAGGUUUUCGCAUCCUACCGGGUACCCAUUUAGCACCUGGGUCGAGAGUGGCAAAGUGUGGAUUAACGCCUUGCCAAAGGACGCUGGACCGCGGUGGGAUUCGAUCACACGACCCUCUGUGUUCAAGGCGAGAGUCAGAACCACUACACCACAUCAAAGUGAUCUUGAAAUUACUCAUUUUCAAGCCAACGUACAGAGACAAUAUUUAUGAAAGAUAAAAAUGGAAAUCACUACAAUGUACUUUCAUAUUCUUGGUAUGCAGGUGUACUUUGUAAAGUACUUGUGGUUUCAACUAAAUCCUUCCCCAAGUUUUACUGUGAAAAUGAAAGAAGUGCACCUCUACCGGCCAGUAUGUAAUUAAAAAGCCAUAUUUGAUAUCAGGAUGCUGUUGCUGGCUUUCAGGAAAACUGGGGGGAUUCUUUAAAGCAUUUUUUGUCAGAGAUAUGCAUCUGUUGUUCAUAUUUACCGAGAAAUGUUUUCAAACUGAAAGCAAUCAGUUAUUAAUAGAUAUAAUGAUUAUCAGUUUACACAUCACAGGUAAAAGUGUAUUUUGGUCAGAAAUGAAUGGCUAAGGUUAAUAUUAGCUGAGGUCGGGUUUGAACUAGGACUGUGGUAGGAAUUGAAACUAGACUUCUGCUGAUGAGAAAAACGAAUCAAUUAAUAACAUGUGAAAAUGACUUUCAGCUUAAUAGGGUGAAAGAGGGGGGGGGGGGUCUGGGUAGCCUAACAGGGCAAUUAUGCCCCCAAAAUGUGCAAGGUCCUUUUUGUGCAAUCUUUGUUAAGUAGACAUAGAUGCAUUGACAAGACAUUAGUUUCAAUAAAUAGGGAAUAUAAAUCAUCUGGUCACAUUAAAACUGUGACUUCAAAAUGACUUUGAAAAUUCUAGAUAAAAUGUGCAUUAUUGGUAAAUUUACAGGAUAACACUCCCUUACACAGCUAUCAGCAAAAGAUGACUCUUAAAUUUAAAUGUUCCCCAUCAUAAAUUGAUGUCCCUGAUAGAAAAUAAAAACAUUCAAUUGUAAA